GUCCCCUGUUGAUAUGACGAUCACUGCUGCUGGGUCACGCCAUGCACAGGAGGCAGAAACCCAGCUCUCCAGAACACAAGAGGGAUCUUGGAGCUCAUGGAGGAGCUCUGUCCGUGUCCCGCAAUGACACACGCUCUUUUUUCAACUUCUCUCAGCUUGUGCUCUCUGCUGGCCAUCUCAGAUCACCACCAGUGCUCAAACAUUCAAAAAUCACUUACUUUGAAGUGGAAAUUCUUGACGUGCAAAGCAAGAAGCAGAUCUGCAUUGUGGACAAGGUUCCUCCAUCAUCUACCCUUCUUGAUGUGAAACACAAAUUUCACAAAGCAUGUCCCCAGUGGUACCCUUCCCGUGUUGGCCUGCAACUAGAACGCAAUGGGCCCUAUUUGAAGGAUUCCAUUAACAUUCAAACCCUUGCUGUUUCCUCCAUCAUUACUCUGUAUUUUACAGACCUAGGUCAGCAGGUCGGUUGGACCACAUUUUUUCUAACAGAAUACACCGGGCCUCUUCUAAUAUAUCUGCUCUUUUACAUUCGUCUCUCAACUAUUUAUGAUCAAGUGGAGAGUACGAAGAACUUCCGCCACCCAGUGGUUCACUUGGCCUGCUUCUGUCAUUGUUUACACUACAUCAGACAUCUUCUGGAGACGUUAUUUGUUCACAAGUUUUCGGGAGGGCACACUCCUCUGAAAAAUAUGAUAAAGGGCUGUGCCUUUUACUGGGGAUUCACUUCCUGGAUUGCAUACUACAUCAACCAUCCGCGAUAUACGCCACCAUCAUUUGGCCACAGACAAGUUUCAUUUGCUGCCCUUGCUUUUCUGAUGUGUGAAGCUGGAAAUCACUUUAUCAACGUAACUUUAGCUCACCAAAAUCAUUCAGGAAGUAAAGCCUGUUUUCCAAGUCCAACCUACAACCCCUUCACGUGGCUCUUCUUGCUGGUGUCCUGUCCCAACUAUACGUAUGAGGUUGGAUCUUGGAUUAGUUUCACAGUGAUGACACAAACCCUGCCAGUUGGCAUUUUUGCCUUCCUGAUGGUCAUCCAGAUGUCUCUCUGGGCCCAGAAGAAACACAAGCUGUACCUGAAGAGAUUUUAUCCAGAGGUGCGGAGAAAAGCAGCUAUGAUUCCUAUCAUCUUCUAAGCUCUUCACAAGAGUUGGAGCCUAAGCGUACAGUUCAAAAGCUAACACAGAGUAAAUGAGCCAUUUCAUUCAGUAACCAAAGUGGAUCAGAGGAAGAACUACUGGAUAUCUUUUUCAGAAAAUUAACAGUUCAAGAUGAAGAGCUUUUAAUUAAAUGAAAAAAUGAAGCUCUUGAAUUCUCGGUUCCUGCUAAAAGAUAUGAUUUAAUUAGGUUUUCUGUAAUGGAGAUAAUUGGGAAGGGACAAGAAAAUUGCUUAUAUUGAAUGUUACGCUAGAUAUUUAGCUGGUGUAAAUGGGCACAGAUGCCGUUAGAAUUAACAAGUCCAGAUCAUCUACAUGCAUUCAGGUCUGGUAAUUUUAAGGUUCAGUGUUAGAUGUUGACAAGAGUCUUGGAAUUUUUGCAUCAGAUGAUGUUUCACAGCCUUAUUUUUAUUAAACUGUACAGACGCAGCACGUUCUGCCUCAGCUCCUCUAAAGCAUCACAUCAAAGAACGACCGCUAUGGUAUUAACACAGUUUAGUCUAGCUUUACAAGGUUUUUCUUUCUUUCCUUUUUUUUUUUUUUUUAAUUGAAUCUCAUAGCAAAUUGUUCAAUACAAAUUGGCUGGAAUUGAUCACUGCAGAGACGUCUGGCUUUCUUUUAUUUUCAGGUAGGCAGAUCAGCCCCAUGAUUCCAGGAGGGGACUGUUUCUCAGGUGCCUCCCAUCUUGCUACUAAUUUGCAGCAUGACCUUGGGUACAUCAUUUAAGUCCAUCCCCCUUUCUCACAUUGAACAGUUCUGGAAAUAGCAGAAGACUUUCUGGACUAAGAAGUGUGUUAAGAUCC